GCUGUUAUUAUUUGCAUAUAAACAUGAUUAAGUCGGCAUUAUUCUGUAGUUCUUUAGAAAUCGUGAAACAAACAACACAACAAUGUCUUAUAAAAUUUAUACCAUAUUUAUGGUCUUGUUUUUAACACAGGCCGCUUUAGGUAAAUCCAUUGACUCAUCCAAUUCCGUUGACUCUUCCGAGGAAAUCAAGGAUAUAACACCCAAACAGUCACUGUUGAUCUAUGCCGUUGGUAAUUUCUUGAAAUUGGGCCAACAGUUUGCCGAAAAGGCUUUCAUCAUCAGUCGUGAUUUACUGAAGGACGAAUCCUUAAUGGCCAGCGAAAAACCCGAAAUUUUGGAGUUCAAAAAGAAUAUAACCAUGUUUGUGGAGAAAUAUGAGACCAACAAAGAAACAGAACAUGUUUGGGAUUUAUUCGAAAUUUAUACCAACGCUACCGAACAUUAUAUGGAACUUCCCGAAGAGAAAUCUACACCAGAAUCUAAAUUUAUUGUAGAACUUUUAACUAAAUACAAGUGCAAAGAAUUGGAAACAGAAUUUGUGAAAGCCUUUGAAAGUCUGUUGGAAAAUUUUAUGAAGAUGUUUGAAGAGGCUAAAUUGGUUAUGGAAAAGCCCGUGUUGGAUUGGUACAAAAAGUUUGUAACUAUAACAGAUUUUGAGGAGAAACUAAUUGCCUUUGGGGAAUUUAUAGAAUUGGUUUAAGUUUUAAAAAUAGAAAAAAUAUAUUAAAAAUUAAAAAUAAACUAACUGCAAUUAAGUAAUUGCCACUGAUGUAAAGCGAAA